GAUUGGACCCGUGGUUGUAAACCCAUAAAUAUCUAAACUUGAGUCGUUCGAAUUAAAACUCCUUCCACGUGGACACUUUGAAGCCACUUAUUCUCUCGUAAUUCGGGUAAUUUCUGUGAAAUAAUCUAGCGGACGUUUUUUUUUUUUUUAAAUGUGCUCAAGAGCAGGUUGAACUGGUCCGACGUCAACACCCCCUCGGUUCACAGCCAGUCACCCACGCUGUCACACAGGUACCAGGGACAGGUGUGUGUGUGCAGUGAUUUCAAACAGCGGAGGACACUUCAGGCUGUCGGCUGUAUUCUCGCCAUCACCGCCGUGAUAUGAUCCAUCCUUUUCCUCUCCAUUGAAACACAGACACGCGUAGAAAUGGAGCAGACGAGAAUCCAGCAGGAGAAGCCAAAGAAGCCCGUGGAGGAGAUGAUAGAGGAUGAGUUCCUCAAAGACCUCUACAUGUUCAUGCGGAAGAGAGAGACGCCGAUAGAGAGAAUCCCAAAUCUGGGCUUCAAACAAAUUGAUCUAUUUGUGAUGUUCAAGAUUGUCAAAGAUUUAGGUGGCUACUACCAGGUGACCGGCCAGCAGCAGUGGAAGCAGGUGUACAACACGCUCGGGGGGAACCCUCGGAGCACCAGCGCGGCCACCUGCACCCGCCGGCACUACGAGAAGCUACUUCUGCCCUUCGAAUGCCACCUGACCGGCAAACAGGUGAACUUGGUGCCUCGCACGCCGCCGAAGCACUUCCUCUACGCCAACUACAACAAGGAGCAGGACGACGGCCAGGGGCCCCGGAAGCGCAGACUGCUCUCCGUGCCUCUGCUCCAG